AUGUCUCAACAUCCUUCAUCAUCUGGUUCCAAAUCCUCCCAACAUGCGAAGAAUCCAUCUAUGGGGUUUGGAGAUGAAGAUGUAAUGGAUGUCACUCCUCUGUGCAUGAUACCUGGCGACACCACAGGUACCGCCUCCAAUGCUGGAGAUAAGCAAGGUAAUACCUCUGGUAACUCCUUUCUUCCUAAAGACAUGCAUUACACUGAUUGCGCUAUAAGGAGACUGGUUACUAGAAUACUGAGUGAAGGACAUAUAGUUGAAGGGGUCUCUACCCCUCUGCCCAGAAGGGAACCUUCUCCUGAGAGAAAACCUCAUGCUGAUGAAGAUGAUGAUUCAUCUAGAUCAGAAAAAGAGGUGGCUGCUGAAGGGCUUUGCUCUCUAGGUAAAACCCUACCUAGCAAGAAACAAAAUGUGCCUCAAGAAAAUAUUAUUGACCUGGAGGAAGAAAGCACUGAAGGAGAAGAUGAUCCUUUGGUCCAUCUGGUUAAACCUAGCGUUGCUGAAAAACUGAGAAGUAAGAAAGGAAAAAGUAUGGCCAAAAUGAGAGCUGCUAGAGUGAAGAAAACUGCAGGAGUAGGACCCUCAAAACCCUGGAGAAAGGUUGAGGUUGGAAAAAGAAAAGAGAGACACAGCUCUGAUUCUGAAGAGAAUGUUAAAGAUGAUGUCCCAGACAUCUCUCCUGCAAAAAGGCAGGCAGUUCAGAAAUUUCCUAGCAAGGCUGCUACUAUCCAUCUAGACAAUAUCUCCUUUCAUUUGGAAGAUGGAGCAGCAAAGUGGAAAUAUGUCAUUCAGAGACGAGUAGCCAUUGAAAGAGAACCGGGUCAAGAAGCUGUAGAGGUAAAGGAGGUUAUUGAGUUGAUCAAAAAUGCUGGACUCAUGAAGACUGUGGCAACUCUACCCCAAUGCUAUGAGGGGCUGAUUAAAGAGUUUAUUGUUAAUAUCCCUGAGGAUAUUCAUGAUAAGAAUAGCAGGGAGUUUUGCAAAGUUUUUGUAAGAGGAAAAUGUGUAAAAUUCUCACCAAAUGUCAUCAACAAGUUCCUAGAAAGGGGAAUGGAUGGAGGAGUAGACUUAGAAACCACAGACAAUGAGGAUGUCAUGAUAUCUGGUAGAAGGGAGUCUACAGCUAAAGGAAGCUUGAUUGACCAACUGAAAGAGACCUGCAAAGAAUUGGAAGAUGGUAUAAGGGUGGCCAGGACCAGAAAGGAAGCUUUAGAAGUUCUCAUAUGUAGCAUGGAAAGGGAAGACAGAGAAAAGGCUGGAAAGGAAUCAAAUCUAAGAUCCCAAUCCUGUUCUGAAAGCUCAGAAGACUCUGAAGGUGUAGCUGAAGAUGAAGAUGAAGGUGAAAAAGAUACCUCUUCUUCUGAUUAA